AUGCGUUACAUUGUGUCCGCCCCCCCAAAGAGAGAGUGGAAGAGGUGGAAGAACAUCAAUGUGACAGAGACACAUAGAUUGGUUGUCUCCUGCACAUGCCUACCAUGCUUGGGGAUUGAGCCUCUUUAUCUAUGGACCCAGAGAGAUAAACGGACAAAUUCCCUAGGGGGAAAAAAGAGCCCCCAUAAAGACACCGAGCGCCUCUACUCCGUGGUGUUUCAGGAAAUAUGUGACCGCUACGGCAAGAAGUACAGCUGGGACGUGAAGUCCCUCGUGAUGGGCAAGAAGGCCCUGGAGGCAGCCCAGAUCAUCAUAGACGUCCUGCAGCUGCCCAUGUGCAAGGAGGAGCUGCUGGAGGAAAGCCAGGCGAAGCUGAAGGAGGUGUUCCCCAGGGCGGGUCUGAUGCCAGGGGUGGAGAGGUUGAUCCACCACCUGCGAGAGCACCGUGUGCCCAUGGCCGUGGCCACCAGCUCGGGCUCCGCGUCCUUCCAGAUGAAGACCAGCGCGCACAGAGAAUUCUUCGGCCUAUUCGACCACAUCGUCCUGGGGGACGACCCCGAGGUGCGCAGGGGCAAGCCUGACCCAGACAUUUUCCUCGCCUGUGCCAAGAGGUUCUCCCCACCUGCUCCUGUGGAAAAGUGCCUCGUCUUUGAAGAUGCUCCCAAUGGGGUGGAGGCGGCCCUUGCUGCUGGGAUGCAGGUGGUGAUGGUCCCCGACGCAAACCUGAGCCGAGACCUGACGACGAAGGCCACUGUGGUACUGGCUUCCCUGCAGGACUUCCAGCCCGAGCUCUUUGGACUGCCACCCUAUGCAUGAGAGGCCUGCCAUGCCGCCCUACCUGCCGCGCUCCUCCGAGCCUGGCCCCACCUACAGUGCCCAGCAAAGAGCAGGGGAAUCCCUCCCACAUCGCCCUGUGGACAGUCCUAGCCUCAGGACUCCUGCAGUUUCUGUAAAUGUUAGCAAACCCCAACCUGACCCAGGAGAAAAACCACACAGAGACAGCCCAGAACAUAGGUCCACUCUGUCACCUGAGUCACCUUGGAAGGAUUGUAUGUGAGCAGUAACAUACUAGCUGUAUACAGGAAAUAUGUGUACAUACAUGCAUGUACACGCUUGCAUGUGUGUAUGUACCUGUAUAUACAUACGCAUUCCUAUGUAUGUGCAACAUUCCCAAGACAGAUGAAGUUAUAUUUUUCUACACCUUGACCAGCACAUGUAACAUAUGUACAUGGAUAUGGAUACACUCUAAUGUGUAUAUAUUGUAUGUGUGUACAUACUCUGUAUUUAUAUCCAUUUGCAAGGCUCCACGCAUCCAUGUUGAUCUUAACCUGCUGUGGCCACUGAGAGCAGAGAGGUGGCCUUUUUUCUGAGAUGUAACCUGAGUGGGGAACCUUCUAUGGAUGAGCCUCAGGAAACCACUGUCCCCAUGAGCACACUAACACUCUGUGUCCUCAAAGAACCUCUGCGGCCCUCUGCUGGGAGACUGGCUAAGAAUCAUAUUGUCUGUAGAACAUAGCUCUGGCCUGCAUCUCAUACCCGAGCUCGUCUCCGCAUUGCCGAAAGCUCUCUACCUCAGACAAGUCACCUCUUUCCCUUAAGAACACUUAUUUUUCUGACGCGUCCUUGGAUGUAAAGAUAAUCUGACUUCAGGAGAUGUACUUGGUAUCACUUAGAGCCACAGCACACCUUUGGGAUAAUUCAUCAGACAUUACACUUUGGCCAUGAACCCCUUUUUAAUAUGUGCUCAGCCUUUUGUGAUUUGAAAGGCAUUCAGAUGGGAAAAUGCAAUCAUGGGGCGUCCCUACUUCCUGCACCUUCCAUGUGGGCUCUUUGUCAUCAAACUCAUUUUCUCCUCUAAGUUGCAGAAAAACCAUAGCAACGUCUAUGAUGGUCUGGCGGGGUGAUUGCAGGUCAGGGUGGCCCCUGCUGUGGACCAGUUUUGCCUGGUUCAGAAAUUCCUUUUAGCAUUUCUGAUUGCUGGAGACGCGUCUGUUCUCUGAAUUCCCUUUCCAUUGGCUGCUUGUAACAUCUUACUGGUUCCCUCACCGGUUAAUUUAAUGGAAUAAAAGUCUUGGCACCUGUUCAGGUUA